GAAAAAUAUAUUCUUUACAAAUUCCUUGCUUCUAAAGCAAAGAACAAGUACCUUUUUUUUUUUUAAUCAAAGGCAAAGGUCUGUGUGAUGUUCUAUAUAAUGUUUGAUCCAGAGGAAGUAAAGGACUCACAAAUUUGGGAAAUUUUUGGUAAAUACCAAAAUCCAUAGAGAGAGAGAGAGAGAGAAUGGAUCCAACCUUGUACAAUGCUGCGUUGUAAGGCAAUACCAGCGAUGGUGAUUUUUCACUUGCUGAAUAUCUAAAAAGGGAUGAAGAAAAUGAGUACCAAGUUACUCCAAAGGGAAACACUGUCCUCCACGUGGCAGCCCUCUGUUCCCACUCCGAUUUCGUGGGAGAAGUCCUUAAAAUUACUCCGGCGUUGUUAUACUGUCGGAACAAGAGAAAUGAGACUGCACUUCACAUAGCAGCUAAUGAAGGCCACACUGAGGUAGUCCGUGUGCUACUUAGCGUAGCUGGUGAGAAGAAUUAUAAGGAGACACUCAUGAGGAUGACAAAUGAGAAUGGAGAUACAGCCCUGCACAAGGCUGUGAGGAGUGAACAUGUUGAUGUUGUCAAGAUCAUCUUGAAAAAAGAAGAGGAUCCUGAAUUUGAAUAUCCAACAAACAAGGCAGGGGAGACACCACUUUAUCUGGCAGCGGAGUCUGGUUUUAUUGAUAUUCUGCGUGAAAUCUUGGAAUCAUGCAAAAACCCAAAUUAUGCUGGAGGUCCAUUUGGUCGAACACCUCUGCACGCAGCAGUUGUUCACGAACACUCGGGCAAUGAAAAUGACUGGACGACUGCAAUUCACAUUGCAGCCGGUGAAGUUGAUACCUUAUAUGUUACAAAUGUGCUAAGUGAGCUAUUACAUCACAACCCUGAUUGCUGGGAAAUGCUUGACAGCAGGGGCCAAAAUGCUCUUCAUGUAGCCGUAAUGAACGGACAAGCAGCGUUACUUCUUACCUUGUUGAAGUCCGAAAAUUGGGGUAGCCUUGUCGAUGAGCCUGAUAAUGAUGGCAACACUCCUAUGCAUUUGUUUGCCUUUGGAAAGUACUUUAAUAAGGACGAAAUUCUUCAGCGUAAGCAUUAUAGGAACUGUGUGCCUUAUAAGUUAAUAAUCCAUCCCAAAGCAAAGAAAAUGACAUUUAACAAAGAUGACCAAACUCCGCUUGAUAUAUUUUCUCGCGCAGUCACAGAGAAAUCAAACCGGGAGGUAAGCACCUGCAGACACUUGAUUACUCCCUCCCUCCAAUUUUAUGUUAAGGUCUUACUAUUUGGGAGUCAAACAGUUUUUUUACUACUAAUUUUCUCAAGUCCUUAAAAUAUUUUGUAUCAUUAGCUAUGUUGACUUAUAGUAUUUUUUGUGAAUCUUGAAAUUUAUUGAAUAUUCUUAUCAUCUAAAAUAUCAUGUUUGAUAGUAGUAUUGGAUAGAAUUAAAAUACGGAAAAGGGCCAAAUAUAUCCCUGUACUAUAGACCCUUCGUUAUACUUUGGGUCUAAAUAUACCCCUAGAGUUAUAUUUUGGGCACAAAUAUACCCCUUCACCGUUAAAGUUGACUAAGGUUAAUAUUUUUAAUGAAGAAAAUGGCAUGUGGCAUGCCACCUCAUUGUCCAAAUCCAAUUUUAUCCCUUCCUCCUUCCAUGUCAUCUUUCACCAUUUGCACCUCCCUCCACCACUAUUACACCAGUAUACCCAGCACCAUUUUCACAAGUAAUUCUUGAAAAACCCCUUUUAGAAUAAAAAUUAUUAAUUAAAAAUAAAGUUAAUUGGGAUGAGUAAUUUGAAGCAAUCACUCAGUCAACAAACGAGGUGAGUUGAAUAGAGCUAAAGAAGAGAAGAAUAAAUGCAUGCAGGUCCUUUAUGUAGAAGUGGGAUUUGGUGAUUGCUUGCAGCGAAUGGAGCGUUAAAAUGGGAGACUUACCAAUAAUGUUCGUAAAUUACUUUUAAGGAAAAAGAUUAGCUCAAUUAACACGUUAUCACUGACUGCUAAACCCAAUCCAUUUCCAGCAAAAUUAAAUAUUCGCUUCCUAAUUCGAUAUACACUCGUUCGGACACAUAAGAGCUAAGUAUGUAAUCCACGUUAACUCAUAACAGGACUUUUCAGAGUAUACUUAAAAAAUCUAAACUUUAUUUGUUAAUAUAGUUGUAAAUAAAUAAAAAUUAUUGGUUAAAAAGAAAAUCAAGAAAUCCAUUUGAAGCAUUUUGAUUUCUUCAACCUUUCGAGUUUGUGAAAAUGGUGGUGGGUAUAAUGGUGUAGUAGUGGUGGAGGGGGAGGUGCAAAUGAUGAAAGAUGGCAUGGAAGGAGGGAGGGUUAAAAUUGGAUUUGGACAAUGAGGUGGCAUGCCACAUGGCAUUUUCUUCAUUAAAAAUAUUAACAUUUGUCAACUUUAACGGUGGAGGGGUAUAUGUGUGCCCAAAGUAUAACUGUAGAGGUAUAUUUGAACCCAAAGUAUAACGAGAGAUAUAUUUAACCCUUUUGCGAGAGUACAGGGGUAUAUUCGGCCCUUUUCCGAUUAAAAUAUAACUACUGAAACUAUUUUGUCCUCGCGGAGUAGAACAUUAAGAAUGAAUUUCAAAACCUUUUACAAAUAAUCUUUUCUUUUGAACUGAAGUUUAAACCUUUUACAUAUAAUUGAGAUAAACUAUUACUCUAUAUUGAAGUGUGUGACCAUUUCAUCUAAAAGUUUAAGCUGUUGGAACUAAAUAUGUCAUCAACAUUGCCCCCUCACGUGCAUCCUGAUUUUUUCCAAGGUCAAGUACGUGAAAAUUAUUUUUUGAUGAUGGGUAAAUGUGUUGACAUUCGAAUUCAACCUCUACCUAUCCCAAUGACACUAUGUUGAAGUGUGUAACCAUCUUAAUUAAAAGAUUAAGCUUAUACUUAGAUGAGAUGGUGACACUUCCACACUCUAAUAUAAUCAAACAUGGCUUGGCAGGAUUCAUUUCAAAUCCAGCUAAUGUACCAAUUUUAAAACUGCAAUAAAGCAAUCUUUGAGAGCUUUGAACCAUCCUUGGCUUAGCUACACUUAUAUAAACCAACAAUUGUUUACGGGAUUCCUGUAGUACAUGAGGAAAAUCACACAAAUACAACUUUUUAAAAUGGUAAUUAAAAAAAAUUAUAAUUACUUUAAAAAAAUUACACAAAUACAACUUAUUCAAAAUUUGAAUUUUUUAAUUACAUAAAUACAACUUUUUACAUUCCAAAAAUAUCAAUAGAGGUAUUUUUAUAUUAAUAUAUUUCGUAAAAUACAUAUUAUAUCGAUGCACUUAUAUGCUUAACAUAUAUAGUAUAUCAAUUGACUUUGCUUAACUUAUAUUAAUAUAGUAUAUCGAUGCACAUAUAUGCAUAUAUAUAGUAUAUAGUAGUAUAUUAUUUUUAAUAUAUGUUGUAUUAACAAUAUCUAUGU